CUCUGCCUUCGAAAAAACUUUAUUUACACUCUACCUCAAGAACAACCCGUCGUUUCAAAACAAACGAUAUCAAUAACUCGGUACAAAAAAAAAAGCUUCGUUCUGCAUGUGACCUAAACACCGUCCACUUACUGUAAGGGUCUGAUCCUAUUUAAAGGCUGUAGUAGCUUCUUUUGGAAGAUCACGGAUCCCAAGCGGCGAAUGGCAUCGGAGGAGAUGGAGGGUUUGUGCCCUUUACCAGAGGUGACGGGCAUCAAGGUGGAGCCGUCGGUCAGCAUUGGCUCAGGAGAAGAUGCCAACUCGCACAACGCCAUGGGCAUAAAGUUCAUACUACCCAACCGCUUCGACAUGAACGUGUGUUCGCGCUUUGUGAAGUCGCUGAACGAGGAAGACAGUAAAAACAUCCAGGACCAGGUGAACUCCGAUCUUGAGGUGGCCUCCGUGUUAUUUAAAGCGGAGUGUAAUAUCCAGACGUCUCCCUCACCUGGUAUUCAGGUUAGGCACGUUUACACGCCAUCAACCACCAAGCACUUCUCUCCAAUAAAGCAGUCCACCACGCUCACCAACAAACACCGUGGAAACGAGGUCUCAUCCACACCGCUGCUCGUCCACUCACUGUCUAUACAUCAGCUGGCAGCGCAAGGAGAGAUGGUGUUCUUAGCCAGUCGAAUAGAACAAGAGUCUGUGAUAAACCUGCAGGAUGAAGAGGGAUUCACCCCACUGAUGUGGGCGGCAGCUCACGGACAGAUCGCUGUGGUCGAGUUCCUGUUACAGAGUGGUGCGGAUCCUCUCCUCUUGGCCAAGGGAAGGGAAAGCGCACUGUCCCUGGCCUGCAGUAAAGGGUACACGGAUAUCGUCAGAAUGCUUAUCGACUGUGGAGUUGACGUUAACGAGUAUGAUUGGAAUGGCGGAGCACCGCUGCUCUAUGCGGUGCAUGGUAAUCACGUUCGCUGUGUGGAAAUCCUCUUAGAGAGUGGGGCCGACCCAACCAUGGAGUCAGACUCUGGCUUCAAUGCUAUGGAUAUGGCUGUGGCGAUGGGACACCGAAACGUCCAACAGGUAUUAGAGGGUCAUCUCCUGAAGCUUCUGCAAGGCAUCAAAGAAUAACCAUAGCAACAAGAAGAAUCUGAGUGAAUAUUUGAGUGUUGAUUAUGAUGAAGGGAAUGCCAUUUAACGUUUGCUGAAUACUUUAUAUGAAUUUUUUUUUUUUUAAAUCUAUCUUUAAAGAAGCCAAUGCACAGAGCAACAUGACAAUUGACGAGAUCAGAACUUCAGCGUUUUGAACCUACUGAUUUUUUUUUUUUUAUUCAAUGUGAAGUGUGUUAUUAGGUCACUGAUUUCUACCUAGUUACAAUGUGUAUUUGAAAAGAUAUUUAUUUUGCCAUUUAAAGCAAAAAAAAUAAGCUGUUUCACAUUAAACUUGACUGGCGUUAUGGUUUAUAAAUUAAGUAAAUCUAAAUCUGGGCACUUUAGAAUUAAUCACGUGGAAAAGAACAGGAUGAAAAAAAAUCAGUACCAGUUCAGCUGUCACACUUAUUGCCAUUUUGUCCAGUUGUGCUACAACACUGUAAAUAAACCUUAAUUUAUACUGAA